UAAAAAUCGCUUUGUAUUGUUUUAUUGUAUAAUUGUUGACUUAUCGAAUAAAACUAUCUAUGAAAUAGUAUUUUAUUUUACUCUCACUCAAUUAAUUGGGAAUUCGCUAGCGAAGGGGAAUAAGUCGAUUAUAUCUCUGAAUCCACGAGAGAUAGCGAAAUUUUUGUUUAGAGCUUUCGCGUACCUCUUAAUGAGCUCUACAAAAAAGAUUCCGAAUAAAAAUUCGCUAUUUCGCUUAAAUCUGGAGAUAUUCCCCGAAAAGUCGAUCAGAUCGUAAGUCCGAUCGUUCCCCUUUCCAUCUUCGUUUAUGAAUUAAUAUCCAGUAAACAGGAAUGAUACACAGAAUUUUUUUGCAACACCGAGGAAGGCGAUGAGUGCAAAAUUUCUAAUAGAUAUGCAAAUUUUUUUUUUCUCCUCACCUACAUAAAAGUGAAAAAAAAUCAAUGGCGUGAGUACAAAAGCACAUUGGGUGUCUAAAAGGAAUUGUAUCAUCUCUUGACCUCUGGCACCAAUUGUUGAACAAUUUUUUUCCCAUCAUUGUGAGACCCAAAAUAGAUAACAAUUGUGAAGAGAGAUCAACAGUUGAGGAAAUGGAUAUUUCGCGAUCAUUCCAAGAUUUUGCCAAUAGGCAGUUGGACAGCGUUAACAAAAUGCUCGCUCCUCUCAAAUCAAUAAUUUUUCAUCACUAAAAAAAUAACAAUACAUUAUCCAUCGACGGAUGAGAUUUUGAAAUGUUGAAAGGACGGAUUUAACGCGGGAAACUCAAGAUUCUUCAUAUGUCGGAAAUACCUGUUAAAUAUUUGCUCCUUGGUAAUCUUCGCAAGUGCACAUCUGUGCCAGAGGCACUGUACUCUACAUACAUCAAUCUGUUGAAAUCUAAAUUCAAUAACGAAGUUGAUUGUCAAGGGAAUAAUAUUAUGGAGCCAUUCCUUGACAUGUGCUUUGCCCAGACUGAUUCGUCAAAUUGUCAAAUGUCCAAUAAUUUUGUACAAAGUAUGUCGGGCAUGCAGUAUGGAAUGAAUAAAAAAAAAUACAGGGAAGUACGACAAUGGAAAUCUGUUGGCAACGGUAAUAUAACGGGGAAUUCAUCGACCAACGGAGAGGGCGAUUUCAUCCUUCGACUUCUCACGUACAACAUAUUAGCGCAGAAUCUACUCGAGACUCAUUCUUAUUUAUAUAAAUAUCACAACGAGAGUGCAUUAAGCUGGGAACGCCGAAAACCACUCAUUCAUCAAGAAAUCAUCGAAGCUGGAGCUAAUGUAAUAUGCAUUCAAGAAAUGCAAAUGGAUCAUUUAGAGGAAUUUAUCAUGCCAUUUGCUGCGAAUGGUUUUGACUAUCUCUAUAAGAAGCGGACAAAUGAUAUGAGGGAUGGAUUGCUCCUGCUGUUUCGUCGGAAUCAAUUGAAACUCGUUGAUCAUGUGCAUGUGGAGUACCAUCAGACAUCCACGGAUAUUCUUAAUAGAGAUAAUGUGGGAAUUGUUGCUAAAUUUUCACUGAGGGAUUCGCCUGAGACGCACAUUGUUAUAUCAACAACACACUUAUUGUAUAAUCCAAAGAGAAGCGAUGUGAGACUCGCACAGACGCAAGUACUUUUUGCUGAAUUGGAGAGGAUUUCGUUCAUUGAAAACACAAGAGAUGGUCCAAAUUAUCAUCCAAUUAUUGUCUGUGGGGACUUUAACCUGCAGCCAUUCACUGGGGUCUAUCAGUUCAUCGUUGAUGGAAAUUUUCAAUACCUGGGAAAGGGACGGAAACUCGAAGAAUCUGGAUUUCGACGAUUGAGCAAUUCUCUCAUACCUUCGUCUCUUCUUAUUACUGAUAAUUGUCAGCAUUUCAAUGUCCUGACGAGGAGACUACGUGGAUCGGGAGAUGAACAAACGAUGUUAUACAGCAAAGAGGAGACUCGUGAGGAGAAUAGAGAAUCGCCUGGGUCUAUUAUACCGAAAGAAGUCGAUAUCGAAUCGUCGGAUUAUCAGAAAAUAACGAUAACUGAGGGCCAAUAUGCAACAUUUUCCUCAGGUGCUCUGACGCAUCCAUUUAAAAUAAAAAGUGUUUAUGCACACUCCAACUGCAGUGGAGAGGCGGAAGCAACGACUCAUCAGGAUCAGUGGAUCACAGUUGAUUACAUUUUUUACACUGACAUUGAACUUUUGGAUCGUUACAGACUUCCUACUGUGGCGGAAUGCAAAGAAUUUCCUGCUAUUCCAAAUUUUGUUGUGGGAAGUGAUCAUCUCUGUCUCGGUGCCACAUUUAAACUUAAAAGAAAACGCUCUGUAAGAUAAAUAAGCCCCGGGCUCUCAUUAUAUCGUAUUGUUGACAAAUGUAAAUAGAGGUAUCACGUUAUCGCUCAGAUAUUUUUGACAUGAAAAUGAUCUUUUAUUUUCGGAAUAAACAUCCCAUUGAUAAUUAUUUAUUAUGAA